AUGGCACUCAACUCUUCGUGGAAGUGGGAAAAAAAGUUCUGCUGUCACAUGACCUGCAUGAUUUCUUCAGGAAAUGUUUAAUGCAAAAGAAAAUGUGUGAGAGAGGCAGUUUCGUCUGUUGUUUGUGUGGAUGUGCAUUUGUGUGUUGAGAAAAGAGAGGAAUUUCCCCAUCCUAUAAAAUACAGUAAAGAAAACAUCUACAAAGAAUAAAGCACUGAACCUGGACAAAUCUGAUCUGGUCUAACUGAAGUAGUUUGUGACGCUGCAGAACAACAUGACUGAUGAGACGACAAUGGACCCUGACUAUGACUACCCAAAAUAUGAAGCUGAAAUGUGUAACUACGAUGAGCUGGUGAAAUUUCUUACCAUUAUUCCAGUGGUUUUCUCAAUAGUGGUUGUGUUAAGCUGCAUCGGUAACAUCCUCGUUCUGGUCAUCCUGGCGCUCUACGAGAGUCUCAAAUCCCUGACCAACAUCUUCAUCCUCAAUUUAACGCUAUCAAAUCUGCUGUUCACGUUUGGACUUCCAUUCUGGGCCUCGUACUACAUCUGGGGUUGGAUGUUUGGAGAGAUUGGCUGUAAAGCGGUGACGUUUCUGUUCGAUGUUGGCCUUUAUAGCAGUGUGUUGUUCUUGACUCUCAUGACCGUUCAGCGUUACAUGGCAGUGGUUCAUCCUCUGUCUGACUGGGAGAAAUGCAGAGGAUUUUCUGCCGCUCCAAUCAUCAUUUGGAUCCUGAGUGGAGCGGUUUCACUGCCCAAUUCACUUAAUAGCAAAGUUACACAUUAUUUUAAUAAUACAUACUGUGAAUAUGACAGUGUUAAAGUGAAAUCUGGUAUAGUUUAUUUUCAAAAUGCUUUUUUCUUCAUUGCAUUUCUAAUCAUGGGUUUUUGCUGUGGCAGAAUGCUUUGGUCCAUAACAAAAUCACAGACCAAUGAGAAAAACAAGACUGUUAGACUAACAUUUGUUAUUGCACUGGUGUUUUUUAUUGGUUGGGCUCCAUAUAACAUUGUUAUGUUCUUAAUUACUUUGACUGACUUCACAGACUGUAGAGUAAGCAUUAGAGUCUACUAUGCAUAUGUUAUUUGCCGAAUGUUAGCUUUCUCUCACUGUUGCUUGAACCCUCUGUUUUACGUUUUUGUAGAUGUAAAGUUCAGGAAUCAUCUAAAAAUGAUUCUGCAGAAGAUCUUUAAAAAAUAAUAAUAGUAAAACUCAAUCAAGCCAGAUUGGGACAAAAAAUGUUCAAUGAGAAAAUGAACCAACGAUGAGUUUUAAGAUACAGUGUGAAUGAUGUACAUAGAGAUUCUGUUUAGCUAGUGCUGAUUAUUUGAAAAUUCAUCAAGCACAGCAGAUAUAAUUACAAUCGUUUGAAAACUUUUACAAUCGUUUUAAAAAGCUUCUGCUGAUAUAAUUACAAUUAUUUAAUAUGGAUGAUUAAAAUUUUGAAAAUGCUGCCACUGUGCAGGAAAAUUCCUCUCUCUAAUUUACACAUUUCAAUUUAAUUCACAUUUGCUUGUAUAGCGCUUUUCACAAUACAUAUUGUUUCAAAGCAGUUUUACAGAAAAUGCAUGUUUCUUCAAUUUCGAGUGAUCUGUUAUCAGAGGUGAUGGUGUCCAAGUAAUGUCCAUACUUCAGAAAUGUACAAUUAUAAUAUAUUACAAAUCAUGCAGUUACCUAACAUCAUGUGUUCAUUUAGGCAGAAACAAUGAGCUCAUUAAAGCAAUUAUUACAUAUAUAAGUUGUGAUCAUAAUUAUCACAAUAUAUAGAAAUUUGUCAGUUGUGUAUGUUGAUUCAGAGUCUCUCUAUCAAGCAGCAAAAGCAUUCAGAGAAAAUCAUGUUAUAAAUUCUAACCGUUCUUCUUCUUCCUUUUUCUGGGUGUUUGUAACUUCAGCCCUCAAGUUGUGGAAUUCACUUUCAUUCUCUGUCAGAUUGUAUGAGUGUGACUUGCUGAUUUUCAGGUGCUUUUUGUUUUUUUCUCUCUCUUUUGCUUUUUUUUUUAAGUAAGCGACAAAUGUUCAAGUGCUGUCAUUGAUAUUUUCAUAUGAAAUUAAAAUAUAUUUAUACCUUC